UCUCGCGAGCGGCGGGAGCUGCGCGCGUGGUGGCGAGCAGUGCGGUGGGGCUGCGCGGAUAGGGGCGCUGGGGCAUUUGGGGUCCCCGCCACCCCCUUGCCGGCCCCUUGCUCCAGACCUCAGGACACAGUGCUCAGGAGGCACCGCCGCGCCGCCCGCGAGUCCGGUCACUGCACCCUCCCGCUGCGUCCCACGUGAAGUCUCCUCUGCCUCGGUCACCCCCUGUAGUGACAGGGCCACCGGGCACACCCCAUGGCCGGGGCGGGCGAGGCUACGGUCAAGAAGAAGAAGAAGAAGGCUCGGAAAGAGGCCUCGGGGCCGCAGGGGGGCGAGCAGGGCUCGGGGGAGCGGAGCCCGGAGGAAGCCCCCCUCAGCGCGGAGGAGCAGGCCGAGCAGCUGGCCCGGGAACUGGCCUGGUGCGUGGAGCAGCUGGAGCUGGGACUGAGCACGCAGAGACCCAGCCCGAAGCAGAAGGAGCAGGCUGCCGCCGCGAUCCGAACCCUCCGCAGCGGAAGGACCCCGUUGCCCCGCAAGAGGCAGCUGAUGCGCUCCCUCUUUGGGGACUACCGGGCGCUCAUGGAAGCCCAGCGGCGCGAAGCCUUGCGUUCGCUGAAGGCCGCUCAUGCGGCCCAGGUGCAUCCUGUAGGUGAGGCUGCCAGAAAGAAGAGCGGGAGGAUCUGCCGGCCUCGCCCGGCAGCAGGAGCAAAGGACACCCAUGAUAUUCUUGAUGAAGACUUUAAGUUUAAUUUCUUUUAGCUCUUCUCCUGGAACAGUUCUCACCCAGGUGCUCUGGAUGUUUGUCUUGGGUUUAGAGCCCAUCCUUGAAUGCUCUGCUCUGUGGGGCAGGUGUGGAUUGGUCUGACCUUGGCUUGUCAGUAAAUGGCUGUUGCGUA